AAUAAGCGUGCAGUAUAUAUUCAACAAAUUCGAAUUGAAUAUGAAGUUUUGCACUCAGUUUCAGAUACCAAUUCAACUAUAUCACAAAUUACCAGUCAAAAAGAAUCAUCAGCAAUGGGAGCAUUAUUUGCUAAAAAGAAUGCUAUUAUUCAUCCAUCAGUAAAAGAGGAAUUUGAAAAAUAUCUGAAAAUCCCAGAGCUUCCAGCUUUGGAGAAAAAUGAUCCAAUAAUUUGGUGGAGAGCAAAUAAAUCUGAAUAUCCAAUUCUUUCACAACUUGCAUGUAAAUAUUUGACAAUUCCUGCCACAUCAGUUCCAUCUGAGUGUCUAUUUUCAGAUAUGGGAAACUUAAUUACAUCUAAGCAAAAUUGA